AGGCGAAGGAGAGGAGCGAGAGAGCCCUCGGCACACCGCGUACCGCGGCGUUGUCUGCCGAGAGCCUACACUCUCUCUCCAGAGUCUCGCUCGCUCACGGCCGCGCUGCCUGGCCUGGCCCCUGACACCGAGGGAAUGGAGACUUGUGUUUGUUGUGGUCUUCUGGGCGGCCUCUAGCCUUCGAUUCGCGCCAGCAGGACGCCUCCACCAUGUCUCAAAAGCCUGUGAUAGUAGCGUUUAGUCUGGUCUUAGUUUUACUCGCCUCGGGCACAGCACACGGAGCACUAAAGCGAUGCUUCCAGUGCAGAUCGAGAGGAGAUUUAGGCAGUUGUAAGGACCAAUUUACUUUUAAUGCAACGACUGCACAGCAAGAGCAGGGCGUAGAAGCCAUACCAUGUGCAUCCGGCUGGUGUGGCAAAGUUAUUGAGGGCACAGGCUCUUACAAACAAGACGAUUACGGUAUGGCAACUCAAAGAAUGUGUCUACAGCGAGGCCCAUCAGAUGGAGAAGAACGUUGUGCCUACACAAUUUGGAAUCACAGUAAAGUUUACAUGUGUUUUUGUCAAGGAGACCUUUGCAAUUCAGCCAGUCAGUCGCAAAUCAAAUUUUUGACACUGGGAGCAUCAUUACUUCUCAGUGCAAAGCGCAUUCUCUCUUUGUAAGUUUGAAGCUUGUCUUAUACUGUAAUCAUACCUAUACAUCAAAUUUCCUAAAUUUCCUACCCCAGUAAAAAGAGAAAAUUCAUGUUUGAAAUAUGUAAGUGGAGACAUUCCUAAGAUAUGUUCAAUUUCUUCACAAGAUCUGUGACAUCAACAACAUUUCUACUUUGGAUUUUGUUAUCCUUUACAAUUGAAUUAAAGUUUUGCGCAGCAGAUUUCACUUCUAA